UUUUUUUUUUUACAAGAAUUCAAUGUACAAAUCCUACAGUAUCUACUGAUUCCAAUCUCUAUCAAUCCCUAAAAAAUUACUGCCAUGGCCUCCGACAACACCAAAGAGGUGCUCACCGACCUCUCUCCGGUCCUCAAACUAUACAAAGAUGGCACUGUCGAGAGACUCUUCGGUUCACCCCACGUUCCUCCGUCGCCGGAUGACCCUGCCACCGGCGUAGCCUCCAAAGGCUUGAACAUUUCGCCAGUGCUUCAAGCCAGACUAUACCUCCCAAAACUCACAGAACCAAACCAAAAGCUCCCAGUUUUGGUUUAUUACCAUGCCGGUGCAUUUUGCCUCGAAUCCGCAUUCUCUUUCCUCGAUCAACGUUACAUUAACAUAUUAGCGGCUGAAGCAAACGCUUUAAUCGUUUCUGUUGAGUACAGGCUCGCCCCUGAAAACCCUUUGCCAAUAGCCUAUGAAGAUUCCUGGACUGCUCUUCAAUGGGUAGCUUCUCACCUUACUGAAAACCCUGGCAUCGAAAAGGAACCAUGGCUAACUGAGCACGGUAAUUUCAGUAAGAUCUAUAUAGGUGGUGACAGUGCUGGAGGCAAUAUAGUUCAUAAUAUUCUUCUCCGAGCUGGGGCAGAACCUUUACCUGGGGAUGUGAAAAUCGUGGGUGGAUUUCUAUCUCAUCCUUACUUCUGGGGGUCAAAGCCACUUGGGUCCGAAAUAAAAGAAGAAAUUGAGCAGAGUCUACUAUAUAAGAUUUGGUUAUUUGUUUAUCCAUCAGUUCCUGGUGGGAUUGACAAUGCUAUGAUCAAUCCAUUUGUUGAAGAUGCACCGAGUUUAUCGGGGCUGGGGUGUUCAAGGCUGUUGGUUUGUUUAGCAGAGAAGGAUCCAUUGACGUCAAGAGGAAUUCUUUAUGUUGAGACUGUAAAGAAAAGUGGUUGGAAUGGGGAGGUGGAGAUGGUGGAGGUUGAAGGAGAAGAUCAUUGCUUUCAUGUCUUGAAUCCUGAAACAGAGAAAGCAAAGGAUCUGAUCAAGCGUCUGGCUUCUUUUAUUUCCCUCUGAGAUUAUAUUUCUCAUGUUCUUCUUUCUUCAGUUUUUGUUCUGAUUUCAAUCUUCUUGUGGAAAAAAAUUGUCGGAUGAAAUAUUUCAUCCUUCGGCAUAAAUCACACAUAUUUUGUUAACGACAAUGACUAUGACAUGAAAUGGGAUCGACAUUGCAAUCACAUGUAUGGUCCUCUAGACUUAUCAUCCUGGUACAGAUUGAUGGACACGGACUUCUCAUGUUUAGAGGUUUCUAAGCAUUUUUGUUUCAUUGUUUAUGUUUAUACAGAAGUUAGUAUCUCCUA